UUUUAGAAGAUCAAUGAGCAAAUAAGGCUGACGAGACAGAGAAAGUGAAAAACCAAAAGAGGGGUCAGAGCCGUAGCCGCAUCUAUCUACUUGUACUUUGCAGUUGUAUUGUUGACGGCGCUUUAUUUUCAAAAAAAUGGCGUCCUCCUCGACUUCUCCGCCGCCGCCUGACUCGAUGAACACCGCCAAGCUCGUCGAGGACCUGGAGAAGACCAUUUACGCAUGGCAAAAGGAUCACAGUCGCACUACCUAGUAGAAAACAAAAUUCUUGCAUGAUGAAAAUGAAUCUUCUCCACUCCCGCCAAAUUAAUUGAAAACUUAAAAGUGCACCAGGCAAGGAAGAAAGCCACGACUCCCUGUAGAGAACCUCUUGGCCGCCGUCCCGUCUUACCAUUUUUCACUUCGCUUGUUCACGUCACCUGAAGAUUCAUCUUCUUGACCUCCUACUUGGGAACCAGGAGAGAAGUUUGAUGACAUCACGCGUGCAUGCAAUCAGAUUCAGAAUCGGAAGUAAAAGUGCAGCUAGGAUACAACUUUUGCGCCGGAUACCACCCUGCAGAAGUUCAAGCUUAAAUACAACAGCCAACCCGAGACCGGGAUUAUCAGGCACCUGAAGUACUACGACUUGACAAAUACCGGAAAGCUGGAUUGGAAGUCGUUUCAAAAAUCGAUGGAGCAAUACGCGAUUGGGGCUCCGUUGGACGUUUUGCAGCUAUUGUUCAACCGAUACGCGAACGCCACGAAAAACCCCCUGCAGUCCAACACCGGGUCGCUUCUACUGGAAAUCCGGUCCUUCGCAAAAUUUAUCGUAGACGGAACCGUCCGGACGUAUUACGCAAGUCUGGCAGAAACCCAAGAAAGCGCUGCAAAUGGUGCGGCAAUAAGGGAAGAAGUAAACGUACAUGAUAAAAAUCUUUCUUGCAAAGUAGAAGUUCGGUGGAGAUGUUGUCUAAAUUUUAAAAAUCAAGUGUUUUUUUUAAUACUGCUUUUCUUUUUCAAGUGUUUCUUUAGUUGCUCGAAAUGAUCAUGAUAAUUCGUCAACAAGAACACGUCGACUCUCAAGUUAUUUGACAAGUAGAAACCUUUUAUUCAACACCAGCCGCGCUCCACCGCUGGUUCAUCCUCUCAGCGUUCCUCCACGGCGCCCCGCCCUCCCCACUCGCCGACAGCACCCUCGACGAAGACGGUGCCUGGUUUUCUGCGCGCGUUGCGGGAAAACUUGUUCCCCCGGGGCCCCGGGAAGGUGCUGGAACUCGUGAAUUUGUUCAUGCAGUACGACGAAAAAAACUACCGCGUGCUCCCGAUAGAACUCCUGAUGAGCAUCCUGGAUCAAAAGCUGAACUUGGUCGACGGCGCACUAUGCGUUGCAAAUGUGUAGUCUGGGGGUCGUGGGUAAUUCGUGAUGCGAAAGUUCAAGGACAACGACGAGAUCUGUAUCAUGGCGUAGAAAAGAUCGCUCUGGCAUGCAACACUCUUCAGCAAGAACACCAACUCGCUGCGUUUCUCCAGACGACCCAGACAUGUCUGCCUUUGAUACGCGGGAGAUUUAGACCCGCUUGCGUACAACAAAAUCGACGGCCGCACCAUGGCUCUGGUGUUGCCCACCUGGGCGGAUCCGUACGACAGGAACCUAAUUCUCUACGACGAUUUCCUCGCUGAAUUGAAGAUUCCGCUCAACCACGAAAGAAGACAAGCGGUGCGGGCGGCGUACAGGAAAUUAGACCCGGAUCAGGAGGGGUUUGUAAACUUGAGCGAUUUGGAACGGGCAUACAAUGUUAGCAGGUAAAAAAAUUCGUGGUCGUGAGGAUUGUUUUUUUUGCAUCCCUGUAGUACUUCUUCGUUCAUUUGUCGUAUGGAAAAAAAGAUCGAGAAGGUCUUGACGUAAUUUAUUCAGUGAUGUUAUCACUACCUUCAGACUAAUAAACUCCACUUCCUCAUGAAAUUCCAAUCGAAUCUGAUAGAAGCAGGAGCUCCUCGCAGUGAAGAUAAUGAUUCACAGCUGCACAAGAUUCACGUCGUCACUACGUACAUCCAAAAAUAUUGAACCUAUCCCCCAGGCACCCUUACGCCGUGAUGGGAGCUCAAGUGCCCGACUCCCUUUAUAAUGAGUUUCUGGACAGCCUGAUGCACUUUCUCCAGUACCGCCGUGGGGUUUUGGACAUCUCCAAGACGGCGGCGGGCGAGCGGAUCCCCUGGGAGGAGUUCGAGGCCUACUAUCAAAAGUAAAAAUGUCUGGGUCUGGAAACUUGUAAUGCUGGGUGGCGUCUCAUGAUGAGGCUACAGAUGCUGGCUCAGCAUGACAAGUUUCUGAGCUCCUAGGUGUUGCCUAUUCUGCAUGACAAACUGCGCUUCUGCAUCACAGAAAAGCGGAGCUCUUGGGUAACGUGCAUGACAGACUUAAGAGUCAUGCCAGACAAGCAUGACAAACGUGAAUUCUUCCAGAGGACCCAGACAUUUUUACAGUUGAUCCCUACUACGAAAUGCUGAAUGGUUGCUAUCCCGAAGACACCACUUUUCUGUGCAUCCUCACCAGGUGCUGGGAUGUCGACAAGCCCUCUGUGGGUGGUACUGGAGUAGACAGGACUUCUGCCACCUCAUCUGCCACUGCAGCACUCGGAGGUGGGGGCCAAGCCGGCGGCCCACCAGGAGCUGUGCUGGACUUCAACGGGUAUGGGGAACAAAGUGCGGGGCAGCAGGUGACGGGGAAGAUAAACAAGCAGAGUCAGCAGCAACAGCAAAUGCUCGAAGACGAAUAUUACAGGCGGGACGCGAUGCCGGCCGCCGGGCAAAAGGGGAAGGAACGGGUGGGGUUGCACCACUGGCAAGCGAACACCUUGGCGGAAAGCCACACGUACAGGAACGUCGGAGAAGUUGCCGAUUUGAAGGUACUCGAGGAGACUACAGCACUGUCGUGGCGUUUGAUAGUUUUCAGUUUUUCAUCUUGAAUUUAUAGGAGGUUUGAGAUUUUCGCAAUUUUUUUUCUUAUGUACUUUACUAUCAUGUUGCCUUGGUUCAUUCUUGCUCGCUCGCAUUUUUUUGCAUGCUCCUUCCUACAGGGCAUCUUCCGUGAGGCCUGCGAGUACCUGUCGCGCAAGGGCGGCGUGCGGAUGGCGAUGGAAGUGGUCCGCAACUACGUGCUAGCCGAUGACAACCUGGAUGACUAUCUGGACCGGGCAGAAUUUCGUAAAGCUAGCAGGGACUCGGGGCUACGGUUCACGCAGGACGAGGAAAGCGACAUUUUCGAUCUGCUUGGAGAGGUUACGGUAUCACGGUUAAUUGGACUUUGACUAUCGAUGAAAUUUUUCCAGGUGGCGGAGCAAACCUUUUUGAAAAACGCAUGACAUACAUAGCACAGAAACAAAAAUUACGCAGACCAAACGCCCAGUGAAAAACCCGUCUUCCGACCCGCAGCCGGAGCGGCUCCUCCCCCUGUUUUCCUUUCUCCGCGCAUUUUUCGACGGCGGUUUGAAUGCAGCGCGCUACGACAUUGUCCACGCCGCAUGGGUAUCAAAUGUAAAAAUGUCUGGGUCUGGAAGAGUCAUGCUGUUUCUGCAUGACACAGCAGGUGGGUUUUUUAAGUCGUUUUUUAAGAUGGGUUUUUUUUGCAGAAAUCACUUUUUUAAGAUGGGUUUUUUCGUAUUUAGGACUGUGCCAUAGUAGAUGACUUUACCGCUUUUUUACUUUUCUUUUAUCCCUCAGCGCUGGUGGGUCUGCCGGCAAAAUUAUCCCUACUCAGAUAGCUACAAAGCUCAUCCCGCAGCCGUCCCAGGAGCUCUUGUGGCUGUCUCUCGGUAGAGAUCGCUUUGCCCGUGCUUAUUCCACUCAGAGUUUGCUGGGUAGGUGGCUACCGUUUUAAGUUUAUAAACGAAUGGGACGCCCUGCCCUUAGCCUUCCAACAUGACACAGCAGGUGCAGGUCUGGCAUGCUGGAAGCUCUAGCAUCACAGGUUUCGAGAAGCUUCCGCAAUGCCGAACCCGCAUGACAAAUCCCCCACUUUGGUGACAGAAAGUGGGCAGCUUUUGCUACCCAUGCAUGAGAGAUUUUUGUGUGUUCUGAAAUGCGCAUGACAAGUUGCUCUUCCAGACCCAGACAUUUUUACAUUUGAUAAUGGGCUCUGGUUGCCGGGGGAGACAGCGCCGUGAUUCCGCCACAGAAUUUGAGGCAACACCUAUUGAGAGGAAAAAUCCCCCCUCCCCAUAUUGAAAAGGUAUGUUUCCAAAAAUUUGUGUUGCGGAUUUGAGGUCACAAAUCACAUCUGUCUUGCAAGAAGACAAGGGCAGAAGCUUCCGCCUCAUUAUGGAAGCGAUUUGCCACGCUGUUGAGCCUCAAGGGGAGCCGUUUGCCAUGCUGAACAACUAGACCCAUACGCCCCUACCUAGCCUGGGGAUCUGGCCGCCAUGCCUUUCUGCAAUACAAAGCUGAUCUGUGGCCACAGAUCAGCAUCACAAAUUUCCGUUUUGAAUUUGAUAUGGGGAGGGGGGAUUUUUCAUUUUGAUAACACCUCUCCUUUAGCACGCACCCGGAGGUGCUGCAGGCACCGAGCGCCGAAGCAAGGGACAGGCUGACUCAGCAGCGUAUACUCUUUCCUAGUUGAUGAUUUUAUUUUAGUUUUAGAGCGAAAAAUGUUUCUAGAUCAUGUAAGGAAAGCAGCUUCAGGGCUGCAUGCGCACGAUAAGCACUUUUAGGUUUAUUGGCCAUUGUUUGUUCGUUUGCCUUUCGGUGCAUCAAGUUGCAGCCGGUCGUACUACCGUGCGGCAGCCAGGCACGAUUCUGAUAGUGCUGAAAUUCAAAUGAAUUCGAAUUCCACAUCAGUGACGACCGAGUUUCUGGACACUUUUUCUCUGUACGUGAACGUGACCGGAAGACUCAGCGAGGAGGGCAAUCUGAACUUCGCGACGUUCCUCGGCUACUUCGAAAUCUACUCCGCAAUGAUCACAUCUGACGCCUACUUUGACGUCGUCAUCCGCCGUAUGUGGGGCCUCUCGUCUAUUCCCUGAAAAUUAACCAUCUCCAUCCAAUUUGUCAUGCAAAACAUGUAGUAAAGUCUGUGCUUGUCAUGCAAAAAGUGGAUGGGGAUGGUUAAUUUUCAGGGAAUAUCGUCUGAUAAGGACAUCGAAGAAAUCGACGGUCUGCCGCCAGUAUCAAAUGCAAAUAUUUUUACGUCUGGGUCUGGAAGAUUAGAUUGCAAGAUUCAUUUGCUACAGCGCUUGCCCGGCAACGGCAUGACCAUGAUCGAAGACUCUGCGCUGCUCUAUUGCAUGCUCACGAGGAAGAUGAGCUUCCUCUUCCUGCUAAGAACCUGUUAUGCAAACACGCGGCUACCAUGCGAAAUAGGCAACAGAUUGUAUUUGUCGCCACACAAAAAUCAUAGUACUCAUGACUUUCAACCUCAUCUUCAACCUGUCAAAAUCUUAAUCUGUCCUGCUUGGCUGUGCAACCUUGUAGUGCGGUCAUUUUUAUUCGCAGACUCGCGGCAGAACUUUCCAGGUGCAGACCCAUAUUUGCAAUGUAAACCCAGUCCUGCCACAAGCCCCGACCAGUCAGAAGGUCUCGCGGUCGUCAAAGUCCAAUGUCAACGAAGACACCAGUAAUUUGGAUAUGAAAGUGCACAACUCCAUCUCCCCCUCGUCUUCUGACUUCUGAAGGCGUACGAGUGUGAGAAGCAUCAGCAACACAGUCGGCGACAGAAUGAAUGUGGGCCCCGCAUGACAAGAAAUUUUCCCCGCGGCGCGGAUUGGAGUACUCUUUGAAAGCGGGCCAAAGUUUGUCUUGCAGAGAGUGCUUAAUCUAAAAAAAAAAAGGCACAAACGAAACAGGAUGUGGAUUUGGUAUUUUGCAUUAUACCAAUGGGGGCCGCGGGAGUUGUGCGCUCUCAUAUUAAAGUACGCGGGUUUAGGAUACGGCGCCAACCUUGCGAACGUAUCGGACGGGAGGGGCUCGAAUAAGGACGCAAAACAGUACCCGAAUCCGACGUCCCCCAUCUACGAAUCCAGCCACGUGCGGGCGGCGCUCUUUCAGGAGCCUGUCAAGCUAAACUCUGCGGACGACUACUUUCACCACCUCUGUCGCAGAAUAAGAGGGAUCUUGAGCAAGUACAGUAUAUUUAGUAAAAAGUGUUUUUAUGCAUUUUUUCGCAGAAAUCCAAGUCGUGUGAAAAGGUACUGUGGUGCUGACCACAUGGACAUUUUUCUUUAUGAUCUCGGAAUUUGAAGUUGAUGAAGAGCUCCAAGCCCUUCGUACGGAAAAAUGAAAAUGAAAAAAAGCAAAUUUCUUCCCAGGCGCGGUCUGAAAGGCUGGGUGGCUUUCAUCCAAGGCCUGCAGGACAAGGACGACAGAGGGUUUGGCACGAUUCAUAGGUCACAGUGGACAAGGUUGCACAAAAGCCUCGGCUUGGGCUUGACGAUUGAAGAAUCCGACGUGCUGUUUCGCGCCUUGAUCAGCCCAAAGGACGGCGGUAUGGACUACAGGUGGGUUGGGUUUUGGAAUAUUAUCUUCACUUGGUUUAUUUUCCUACUCCUGUUCUGGAUGAAGAUUACCGUGGCGGCACAUGACAGUUACCAUACAUACUCAUCCAGGCAAAGCCAAACCCAAAGAAAGAUAAAUUAAUAAGUACAACAACCGGCGCAUUGAAAACACUAGGUUGCUUCUGAACCAAAUCCGCAUGAAAUCCGACAAAAUCGCGGCUCCCAUCCUGCAAAGCGCGAAGUCGCAGUUUGUCACGCUCCUCACCGCGGCAGGCGAUAAUUCAGCAUCGGGGAUGGAAUGCAUUGAGAUCAACACGUUGCUGCGCUUGGGUUUCAACCCCGAGGCGUACCCGUUGACCGUUCUGAGGGGCCAGUCCCUCACCGCGUCCGUGGACGACUUCGCGUGUGCCGUCGCGUUUCUGUCCGCCUACGAAGCAAGCACGGACAGUUCGGUGUUAGGCAUCGAAACGUUCCUGGACUUGGUGGACCUGGGACUCGGCUGCUAUUCCACACCAGACGAAGCGAGACUAUUCGCGCAGGCGCUCGGGAUGGACGUGAAGCAUUUGGUGUGA